AAUAGGUAUAGGGAUACACACGGUCACUGUAGCAGCAGACAACUAGUAGAUGUAAUUGUCUAUAGGAAAUGCCAACACAUUUACAGUCUAGUUUGAUGUGUUUCCUAAUAUCCUUCCAGGUUGUAUUACUAUCAUCCAGUGAUCCACAUAACAUGAGGAUGAACCCUGCUAUUCUCCACUCAGGCGGAGAGAGAAAGACGAGUAAACGAUAAGAUCCUGCAUUUUUGGUAAUGUAGGAAAACCAUGUCAAAUGAACGUUCAGAAGAAUAACCAAAGGCACAAUGGCAACCACUAAACAGACUGCUGUGAACUAUGUCACAGAUCGCAGACUGGACCUUAUCAGAUUGCUCAAGGAUCUGACACUUAUUGUUGACAACCUUCAGCAGCAGAGAGUUUUCCUUAAUGAGGAAGUGGAAGUUAUUAAUAGUAAGGAGACAAGAAGUGACAAAGCCAGAGAAAUACUGGACAGAGUCGUUAAAAAGGGAGAAGCUGCAUGUUACAAGUUACUGGAGAUUCUGUACAUUACGAGACAGAGGACAUUACUGGAGCCUUCCUCUGAUUCAAAGGACAGACGGCAGCAUGACCUGUACCACUGGAUCAGCUGCUUCCCAUUCAAGGAAGACCAAGAGGUGGACACUGGCAUCCUUGAAGGCUCAAUAAACUGUCACAGAUAUCAGACACAGCUGAAAUGUAAAGCACGGAAGAUCACAGAGGGUGCAUGGAAACAAAGCUGUAGUCUCCUACCAGAGAGAUGUAGAACUGAGGGGACUUUCUCUUAUACCCCUGUUGUGUUAGAUACAGACGUGCAUUCAUCUCUCUCUAAAAUUAAAGUGAAGAGCAAAAGAUGCAAGAAAGCUCGGCCUAAAAAACUAAAGAGCUUCAUCCCCUUGGCCAAACAGGAAACAUCCCCUGCUGAGCUGCUUAAAACACAUGAGAAAAAAAUCCUCCUGGUUGGAAAACCUGGAAUUGGAAAAACAACAGUCGCCCAUCAAAUGUUGAACCUCUGGGCAGAGAAAGAUCACAGAGAACUAGAUUACAUGUUUUAUUUUGAGGUGAGAAACAUUUCACACAGAAAACCCAUGAGCCUGGAGGACCUUCUCUUUAACAUGUACAGUGAGCCAAAAGACAGUAAAGAAGAAGUGUUACAGGAUAUUAAGAAGAACUCUGAAAACGUUGUCAUCAUAUUUGAUGGAAUCACAGACCUCUCCUCUCUGUCGGUAGUAAAGGACCUUGUGGAGAACCUCCUCCCGGAUGCAAAGGUUGUGACCACAUGCAGACCAGAUAGAUCUGAAGACUUCCUGACAGACUGGCCCACAGACUGGUUCAGAGUGGAGGUGAAAGGGUUCAGUGAUGAAUCCAUCAGGGCUUAUUUAACACAGAUGCUGAGUGCUGAGCCUGACUCCUUGAGCAGUGUGUUAAACAACCUAGAGUUGUUCAGUCUGUGCCAUGUCCCAAUGUACGCACUGAUUGUGGUUGCCUGCAUUUAUUUCCCUACAUCAGAGGCUUCUGAACAGACAUGCACUAUAACUGAAAUGUACAGCAACAUCCUCCGUCACUGCAUCCAAAAACACAGUGGCAGACGACGUAAGGAUAUCGACAUUUAUCUCAAAGAAAACAGAGAGAAAAUAUUGUCUUUGGCAGAAAUUGCUUUUGAUGCAACAAAUGAGAAAAACAUGAACUUGACAACACUGAGUUGUGAAGAAAGCAGUGUCCAUUUUGCGUUCUUGGGGGCAUUUAUGGUUAACAUUUCACCCACAGCAUCAGACACUUGCGCUGCAUUUCUCCAUUACACAAUGCAGGAGUUCUUUGGUGCCCUUUGGCUCUUACAGAAUCCAGACAAAAUCAGAGAGGUUCUCGAGAAGUGCCAGACUGAACAGUGGAAACACACAAAACACUUGAUUCCUUUCCUGUUUGGGCUUCUGAAUGACAAGAAUAUUAGAUUGGUAAACAGUCUAGUUCCAGCUGAACAGAUCAAGAAGAUGUCAGAUUGGUUCUUCAAGGAAGUGGUGAACACAUUUCUUCCAUCUCAAGCAAACCAAGAUCAUGUAGAAGGUGGUGAUCCUGAGUUUGAGAUAGAUCUUCUGUUUUUGUGUCAGUGCUUGUAUGAAUAUCAGUCUACUGAGGCCUGUCAGCUUCUCCUGGACAAACUGGACUAUCAUCUAGACCUGAGUGGAGAACAUCUUGAUCCUCACCAGUGCUGUGCAGUCUCUUAUGUGACAAGUCAGUCUGCAGAGAGAAAGGUUGGAUUGGACCUGAACGGCUGCACUGUGUCAGACCAAGGAGUAAGGCUGAUACUGGGCUCUCUGAAGAAUGUCAGACAUCUUGGACCAUCCUCUGAUGAUUCAUCUGACCCCUCAAUGUUGUGUCAACUCUGGACAACUUUGCUGAGCAGUGAGGCAGAGAUGGACUUCACCAGCUUACUUGGUAUCUGUGGAAAUGAGUUGCACCUUCCAGUCCAGGGUGAAGGACGAGUGUUUGAGAGAGCAGAAGAAGUGAUGACACAGAGUCUAGAGAGGGUUCAUCUCUGUCUACACUGGGAUCAGAGAACUGUUCUCAGUAAAGCUCUCAGCAAAACCAUCUUAAAGUGUCUACCAAAUAUCAACAAACUCAGGUUUACCCCUCUACAACAUCAGAGAAGAUCCCCUGAAAGACUGGAGACAGAAGAUAAAGCAGUCCUACUAGAUUUGUGUCUACAAGCAGCACUAGAUCACAGAGAAACAUUCCAGAGAACUGUGAACACACUGCUGUCACUGUUCUCUGUGUAUCAAACUGAGAGAUAUGACAUCCUGCUGGAUCUGUACUCUCAUGUGAAGUACAAUAGGAAUCAAACAGCCAGGAGUAUCCUUCCAUCAUUGCAGCCACUUUACCAGUCAGCUCCUGCAGUCUGGUCCAUAGACCUCUCUGAGAGAAAGGCCUCCCUCCUCCUAGAAGUGCUGAAACUCCAACCAGAGAAGAAACCAGUAGAGCUGAAGGACUGGUCAGAUGAAGAGAGUGAAGUGAGGAGUUUCCUUCAGUGUCUGUCCUACAUCUCACAGCUGAGAUUUUCUCCACUGAAGGAUAACACAAAGAGGAGAAAGAGAGAGAAGACAUUCCUACUGAAUCUGUGUCUUCAAGCAGCUCUCCAUGAGAGAGGAACCAUACAAACAACUGUAGAGAAAGUGUUGUUGCUGUCUAAAGUAUAUCACAAUCAGAAAUGUGAUUUCCUGCUGGAUCUGUGCUCACAUGUGAAGGACUAUGAGACUCAAACAGGCAGGAGUGUCCUUCCAGCAUUACAGACAGUUUACCAGUUAGCUCCUGCAGUCUGGUCCAUAGACCUCUCAGAGAGAAAGGCCUCCCUCCUCCUAGAAGUGCUGAAACUCCAACCAGAGAAGAAACCAGUAGAGCUGAAGGGCUGGUCAGAUGAAGAGAGUGAAGUGAGGAGUUUCCUUCAGUGUCUGCCCUACAUCUCACAGCUGAGGUGAGUCUGAACAUGUGUAGUGGUUAGUGAUUAUGGAUUGCUAGUGGUUAUUAUCUUGUAGAAACAUUUGACAUAUUAAACUUCAAGUGUUGGUAAAUAUUGUAUCAUAUUGUUAGAGAGGGGUAAAGGUAAAGAUUUGUUGGGAUGCCAGGCAGGUAUUAACCCUGCAGAAAGGAAAAGAGUAGGAUAGAGAGAGACCCACUACCAGACACACACACAUCAGCAAAAGAGACUGUCUAGACUGUAGCCUGUUAGCCAGAUAGCCAGUGGAGAGAAAAGAUAAGACUCACCAUAUAAAACACCCAUCACAGCACAGGGGGAACCCCACCAAUAAUACCUCAUACAAUAAUGAUGGCAGAGCAAAUUAAUGGCAACUUCAUAGAAACAAUUUACAAUAAUGAACCCAGUCAUCAACAUGAGAGGAUUUGCAGUAAUCUGUAUUACCUCAACGUGGAGGAGUGCAGAGGGUAUGAAUGGUGGGGGGUCAUAGACAAACAAAGGCCUUAAAAUGUCCACAAUCUUCUGGGCCACAUGUCAUUAGUACCACAUCAAUACAGUUCAAAUAACAAGACACAAUAAACUGGCAAGAAACCUCCCUUUAACUAAAAUGUCAACCCAAAUACGUCUGGCAGGGCAAUGAUAGUCCAGCCACUCUGAACCUCAAAGGGAAGACCAUUGAAAACUAUAAUAAUGUCUGCUGCUGUUUAAAGCACUGGAGAGGAGAGGGGAGAGAGAGGAGAGGAGAGGAGAGGAGAGGAGAGGAGAGGGCAGAGAGAGAGUGAGAGGGAAGAGA